AUGCAUGGACUAGACAUUGGUUAUCACAAGGCGUGGCAUGCUAUUCAACGUGCUUCAACUUUAAUAAGAGGAACUCCUGAAGAGAAUUAUGAAUUAUUGUCUUCAUACUUGUAUAUAAGGAAAAGUAAAAAGCUGGGAACAUAUACUAACAUAAAGAUAGACGACAACAACAGGUUUCUUUAUAUGUUUUAUGCAUAUGGAUCAUUAAUAGCUGGUUGGAAUCAUUGUAGACCAGUGAUUGCUAACCUAAAGCGAAGGAAAGUGAAAAGUGAGGUCAUAAAACUUUUCCAAAGUGCUGCAAGAGUAUACAGGCGCAAAGAAGUUGAUCUAUACACGUCAGAUAUAGCAAAAGUUGAUAAGAAGACUUUUGACUACUUGAUGGAAGAACCACCGGAAAGGUGGGCACGUUCUUGUAGUCCACGACGAAGAUAUGACAUGCUCACAACAAACAUAGUUGAGUCAAUAAAUUAUGUGCUAUUAGAAGCAGUGGAGCUGCCUAUAUUAAGAAUGAUGGAUUUCAUCCAAGUGAAGCAACAACGUUGGUUUUAUGAAAGAAGAAAUGAAGCAGAAGGAACGUUUUAUGACGUUUCUUGUUGGGUAGAAAAGGAAUUGAAGAAAAAGAUAGAUUUAGCUUUUACUUUAAAUGUCUUCCCUGUUGAUUCAUGGCGUUCUAGAGUUAAGGAAGAAGGAAUUACUUUCUUGGUGGACUUAAACAAAAGAACAUGUGAUUGUUAUCAGUUUCAAUUUGAUAAAUUACCAUGUAUACAAGUAAUUGCAGCUAUCGAGAAGAGAAACAUCAAGAAGUCCAAUUUCUGCUCGCACUGGUACUUAAAGGAAUCUUGGCUUAAAACAUAUGAAAGACAAAUACAUCAUGUAGGACAUACUGAUUCUUGGAUUGUACCAGAGAGUGUUAAGUCACAAAUUAUUAAACCUCUAGAUUUAAAAGUGCCGCUAGGUAGAAGGCAGAAGAAAAGGCAUAUUCCAGCUACUGAGUCAUCAAAAAUAACAUUCAAAUGUGGUCGUUGCAGAAGAAUUGGUCAUAAUAGAACAUCAUGUAUAUAUUCUCCGGCAGUCCAUCCAUUUUCAAGGAAGCAUAGAGAAUAA